AAUAAAUGGAAUUGUUUACAUGCUGCAUGCUUUAGUGGUAGUAAUGAGGCUGUUAAAUACUUCCUGGACAAGAAUUAUUUUGGUUUAGAAGACAAAGACAAGCUCGGCCGCACUGCAUUAGCUAUUGCAAGUAUAGAAGGACAUGUUGAAGUUGUAAAAACACUUAUUUCAUCUGGGGCAUUAAUAAACACUAAAGACGAGGAAGAUGAGACACCUUUAACCCUUGCAUGUGGAUUUGGUAGAAGUCUUGAAGUUGUGAAAGACCUUCUUUUAUCAGGGGCAUUUAUAGAAGCUAAAGACAAGGACCACUUCAAGUCAGAAGAUUUUCGUGGAAACCCUGCAUUCUUAGAUUUGGUUGGAUUAAAACAGAUCAAACGAUUAAAGCCAGAAGCUGCUCCUAUAUACCACCUGGCUAAUUCAGAGAUGAUGUCCAUGUCAGUGACAGGAGCACGUGACACAAAUGAAAGACAGGAAAAGACCCAGAUGGUUGUACUGAUUGAUAACUUGGUGAAGAAACAGAAAACUUAUUUAUCACAGACAAUUACCUUCCAGAUCAAAUCACAAACGUACAGAACUGUGGAUGUACAAGCAGACUUCCAAAAAACUGCAAUCACAUUACCCUACAUUGUGGAUGAAAAUUCAGUUCUUGUCAAGAUGAUUGCAGCUCCUGUCAAUCCUGCUGAUAUUAACACAAUACAAGGUGUAUACCCAAUCAAGCCAUCUUUGCCGGCUGUGGGAGGCUUUGAAGGAGUUGGAAUAGUACAAGAAAUUGGAAAACAAGUGACAAAACUGUUGCCUGGUGAUGUUGUAAUUCCUGGUGUAAAUGGCAUAGGUACAUGGUGUAGCCAUACAGUACAGAAUGAGAACGACUGGUUGAAAAUACCGCCAGGGACACCUACUUUAUUCGCAGCAACUUUAAGAGUAAAUAAUUGUACAGCUUACAGAAUGUUAAAAGACUUUGCCAGGUUAGAAGCAGGUGAUGUGGUUAUACAAAAUGCAGCUAAUAGUGGGUGUGGUCAGGCUGCUAUACAGAUAGCUGCAGCUAGGGGAAUAAAAACUAUCAAUAUAGUCAGUCAAGCGUCAGAUUUUGAUGAUGUUUGUCAACAUCUCAAAGACCUUGGUGCUACAGAAGUUAUUAGUGAUUUCUCAGCUCAAAAAGGAGAUAUUAAACAGCUGUUAGAGGACCAUGGCAAACCCAGACUUGCCUUGAAUGCUGUUGGUGGUUAAGCUACCAUCACUUUGAUGAAAUAUCUAGAACAUGGUGGUACCAUGGUAACCUAUGGUGGGAUGUCACGGCAACCAAUCACCUUGCUGACUGGAUUAUUGAUAUUUAAUGAUAUCAAAGUUGUGGGUUACUGGAUGUCAAGAU